AUGUCCCAAUACAAAUAUUCUCUACUACCGCAGAGACCAGAAACGAUUCGCAUGCUUGUCCUCUUGCCAAGCGAGGACAACACCACUCAAAUCCAAUUUCAGCUCGUCGACUAUACUCUACCAACCUCGGGAACGGAAGAUCAUUCGUAUGAAGCGUUGUCGUAUGUAUGGGGCAGUGAGGACACACCUCAAUUCAUUCUUAUCGAUGGCCAGACUUUACCCGUUACGGAGAACCUCUAUACAGCAUUGCUAUAUCUUCGACAGCACCAGCUUGAACGCUUGCUCUGGAUAGAUGCGAUCUGCAUUAAUCAAGGAGAUGAGGAUGAAAAAGCUCAGCAGAUCCAGUUCAUGCCGAUGAUAUACGGUCAAGCUAGCCAAGUUAUUGUUUGGCUCGGAGAGCCGGCCGAUCAUAGUGAUAAAGCAUUCGAAAUGAUUCGUCUUGCUGCAGAUGACGAGUCUUCCGAGGACAAGCCUACAGACAUACAGCAGGAAAUGAAUCAUGCUUCCAUUGUGAAGUUACUAGAACGGCCUUGGUUUCGGCGUAUUUGGGUACUUCAGGAGGUUCAUGCUGCACAAGAUAUUCUAGUUAUGUGUGGCAACACCAAGAUUCAUGGUUAUACCUUUUCUUCAGGCUUGAAGAACCUGAGCCUCUCUCUCUUAAGGCUCGCCCAGAUAUACAGAGUCUGGUUGGUUCGAUUGUCUAUCUUUAUGAGGGGUGCAAUCUUCCGACCUGGUACGACAUCUUCGAGUGGAACACUCUCUCUUGGCGAACUGAUUGAUAUGUAUCACGCCCGGGCGGCAACCAAGAAACACGACAAAGUGUAUGCAUUACUCGGCAUGAGCUCUGAUACUCCUCUCUUACCUGAUUAUAAGCUCCCAUGGAGUGCAGUGCUCCAACAAGUCAUUACCUAUAUUUUCUCCGGAAAACCUUCCGUGCGGAUUUGGCCCCAGCAGGAUUUAGCUUUGAUUCAAAGCAGGGGACAUAUACUGGGGCAAAGACUAGAAGUGAAAAGCGACGAAUCUCAAAAUGACAGACAGAAAGUGCGCAUUGAAAAUAUUGCGUUACAGUUAGUGGUGACCAGAAGGGGUGACAACAGGAGUACUUUGUUUGGGAGGAAUAUACAGGGAACUAUAUGGACACUCCAUGUUUCAGCGAAGCCUAUUCAGAAAGGUGACAUUGUAUGCCUUUUGGAGGGAGCGUCGAAGCCGAGCAUUAUCCGGCCUUAUAAAGACUACCUCAGUCUUAUAGUGACCAGUGCAACUCCUCUACAGAAGGAAGAAGGUGAGAGUUGGGAUGAAGUUUUCGAGACUCUGCAUUCACGACACAGCCCCAUCCGCGAUAUGUCUCUCCUCUGGGACUGGGAGACAUCCUACACAAAUUCAGAAAACCUGCAUGAGUUGGAAGCCCCAAUGGAAUCACAUGAUACAGUACCAGAAAGCUCAGGAAUGGAUUUUGAAGAAAACAAAAGAUUCGAUAAUUUGGCACUUAUUGUGAGAGAUAUCUUAGUCCAGAGGGACAAAAGCUUUCAGGGAACAAGGCUCCUCGAUUAUCUAAAGGAGUCCAAACUCCCAGUUAGAGAGAAGAUGGUUUUGGCAGCAGCAAUAAGUCGCACAUGGGAACAUAAAUCCAGGGAAAAGCUUGGAAUCGAUAUAAUAGGUGAAACUAUGCGAAUCGCAGAGAGGACAUGA